GUCAUAAACCGAAGGGUUUUAGUAAACAAAAAGGAGUCUCAGUGGAAUACCGGGUUUUUUGAUGUGUUGAGAAGUAGCGGGCUUGUAGGUGUUUUUUGUGUGCUCAAAACUUUUUAGGGAUUCGUUCAUUCAUUUCUUCUGUUUCUGGUAGUUGAACAACAUUAUCCAGAGUUUUUUCAGCCGCAGAGUAUUAUGGACUGUGUAAAGAAGAUGAAGUAUGUUUUAGUGUCUGGUGGAGUGGUGAGUGGGCUUGGGAAGGGAGUGACUGCUAGCAGCAUCGGGGUGGUUUUGAAGGCGUGUGGACUUCGUGUAACUUCCAUCAAAAUAGAUCCUUAUUUGAAUACAGAUGCAGGGACCAUGUCUCCAUUUGAGCAUGGGGAAGUAUUUGUGUUAGAUGAUGGUGGUGAGGUUGACUUGGAUCUUGGUAACUAUGAAAGAUUUUUAGAUGUGACUCUGACUCGAGACAACAAUAUUACUACUGGGAAAAUAUAUCAGUCUGUUAUUGACAAAGAACGAAAAGGAGACUACUUGGGAAAGACUGUUCAGGUGGUUCCACAUAUUACAGAUGCCAUUCAGGAAUGGAUUGAACGUGUGUCUCUCAUUCCUGUAGAUGGGAGCACAGAACCUGCUGAUGUAUGUGUCAUUGAGUUAGGGGGAACUGUUGGAGAUAUUGAGUCGAUGCCAUUCAUUGAGGCUUUGCGUCAGCUCUCUUAUCGUGUUGGUCCUGGAAACUUUUGUUUGGUUCAUGUCAGUCUUGUACCUGUUUUAGGUGUUGUUGGUGAGCAGAAAACAAAGCCAACACAGCAUAGUGUCCGGGAACUUCGAGGAUUGGGUUUGACACCUCAUCUUCUAGCAUGCCGCAGUGCUCAGGCUUUGGAAGAGAAUGUUAAGGACAAGCUAUCACAGUUUUGUCAUGUUCCAGCUGGGCAUAUUCUCAACAUCUAUGAUGUUUCCAACAUUUGGCAUGUUCCUCUCUUACUAAGGGAUCAGAAGGCUCAUGAUGCAAUUCUGAAGGAUUUGGAUCUCCUUAGUGUUGCUAAAACCCCUUGUUUGGAAGAGUGGACUGCCAGAGCGGCUCAAUCCGAUACGCUUACAAAUCCAGUCAGAAUUGCAAUGGUUGGAAAAUACACUGGACUUUCUGAUGCUUAUGUGUCUGUUGUUAAGGCCCUUCAACAUGCUUCAAUUAAAUGUAAGAGGAAAUUAACAAUAGAAUGGAUUGCGGCAUCUGACCUUGAAGACACAACUGCAAAAGAGGCACCAGACAGUCAUACAGCUGCAUGGAACUCUCUGAAGGGUUCGGAUGGCAUUCUGGUUCCUGGAGGAUUUGGUGACCGUGGCGUACAAGGAAAAAUACUGGCAGCAAAAUAUGCCCGGGAAAAUAAUGUUCCCUAUCUAGGCAUUUGCUUGGGAAUGCAAAUUGCUGUGAUUGAGUUUGCACGUUCAGUACUAGGAAUGGCUGAAGCAAACAGUACAGAAUUUGACAAAGAAACUCCACAUCCUUGUGUUAUCUUCAUGCCAGAGGGGUCAAAAACUCACAUGGGGGGUACAAUGCGUCUGGGUUCUAGGAGGACAUAUUUUCAGAAUGCAGACUGCAUCACAGCAAAGCUAUAUGGAAAAUCUGAUUAUGUGGAUGAACGACAUCGACAUAGAUAUGAGGUCAAUCCUAACAUGGUAGAAAAACUAGAAAAAUCUGGGCUCAUGUUUGUGGGCAAGGAUGAAACAGGCAGACGCAUGGAGAUACUGGAAUUACCAUGUCAUCCUUACUUUGUUGGAGUCCAGUUCCAUCCAGAGUUCAAGUCCAGGCCAGGCAAAGUAUCUGCAGUCUUCUUAGGCCUUAUAUUAGCAGCAUCAGGUCAGCUGAAAUCGCACUUGAAGAAGCUGUCUAGCUCGAUAAUGAUUUCAAAUCGUAGAGUUGAAAAUGGAAUUUCAAGUGCUAUGAACGGCCAUACAAAUGGGAAUGGGAACUCAUCCCCACUUAGAUACCCAAAUGGGAAUGGGAACCAUGCUCGUGCAUAAACACACUAUUGAAGCAAUUUAGUCUCAUGUGAAAAGUGACAGGCCCCUCUAAUCCAAGGCAUUUGUUAGCGUCAAUUUUGUUGGAGAUUGCUUAGAUGUUUUUUCACUCAGCUGUUGUGCAAGGAUUACGUUGUUUUUACUCCAUUACGUGAAUGUUCCAGAUUUGCAGCUUGUGAAUUGUUCUGUACAGUAAUAAGGGUGGAGUAGCAGAGAUGUCAAAAAUUCACCUGUUGGAUAUGAGCAUACUAUAUGUUGCCAGAGAUUCUUGACAUGACUUGGGCUACAGGGUAUAGGAAAAUCAAAUUAUUACUCCCAUUUGUGGGAGCUUGAUACAGUGGAUGCUGCUGAUUCUUUGGUGAAUUUGUUUUAGAGUUAGUUGAAUUUCAGAUGCUCACAAUUUCAGAACCAAGUUAUUUACUUGGCUUUCCCAAGUUUUGGCAGCUUAUCCCAUGGUUGCUGCUGAUGUUGUGUUGAGUAUACUGCAGGUUUGGAUUCUAAGGUGCAUUUAUCCAUCACCAAUGUAUUUAUGUGAUUCUGGCCUAGGUGGCAAGUUGGGUAAAUGUGAAUAACAUACCGGCUUUUUCUUUUCA